AUGAAGCUAGAAGAAGUAAAAGACAUACAAAAAAUUGAAAGGAUUGGAGCUCAUUCACAUAUUAGAGGUUUGGGAUUAAAUGAUUGCUUAGAUGCUAGAUACUGUUCUGAAGGUAUGAUUGGGCAGAUGAGUGCACGUAAGGCUGCAGGUAUUGUCUUAAGAAUGAUUAAAGAAGGAAGAAUAAGCGGAAGAGCAAUUUUAUUAGCUGGACAACCAGGUACUGGAAAAACUGCAAUUGCCAUGGGCAUAGCAAAAGCAUUAGGAGAAGAUACUCCAUUCACACACAUUUCUGGUUCAGAAGUUUACUCUUUAGAAAUGAGCAAAACAGAAGCCUUAACUCAGGCUUUUAGAAGAUCUAUUGGAGUUAGAGUAAAAGAAGAAUCAGAAGUAAUUGAAGGGGAGGUAGUAGAAAUUGAAAUAGAAAAAUAUAAUGAAAGUGAUAUUAAUAAUAGUAACAGAAAAGUAGGGAAAAUGAUUCUUAAAACUACAGAAAUGGAAACUUUAUAUGAUUUAGGAAAUAAGAUGAUAGAUGCUUUACAAAAAGAGAAUAUAACUGCAGGUGAUGUUAUUUCUAUUGAUAAAAGCACAGGAAAAAUUACAAAAAUUGGUAAGUCUUUUGCUAGAUCUAAAGAUUAUGAUGCCAUGGACCCUAAUACAAAUUUUGUUCAAUGUCCAGAAGGAGAAUUGCAAAAAAGAAAAGAGGUCGUUCAUACGGUUACAUUACAUGAUAUUGAUGCCAUAAAUAGUAGAACCCAGGGAUUUUUAGCCUUAUUUUCAGGUGAUACUGGAGAAAUUAAAAAUGAAAUUAGAGAGCAUAUUGAUAUGAAAAUUAGUGAAUGGCAGGAAGACGAAAAAGCAGAAAUUGUUCCAGGUGUUUUAUUUAUUGAUGAAGUUCAUAUGUUGGAUAUAGAAUGCUUUUCUUAUUUAAAUAGAGCCUUAGAAAGUGAACAAUCUCCUAUUGUUAUUAUGGCAACUAAUAGAGGUAUUACUCAUAUAAGAGGAACAGAUUAUAAGGCUCCUCAUGGAAUUCCUUUAGAUUUAUUAGAUAGAACCCUUAUUAUACCUACAUAUCCCUAUAAACAUCAAGAUAUUCUAAAAAUAUUAGAACAAAGGGCUGAAGAGGAAGACGUAGAAAUUGAUGAAUAUGCUAAAGAAUUACUUUGCAAAAUUGCAUCUGAGUCAUCUUUAAGAUAUGCUCUGCAUCUAAUAACCUUGGCAAAUUUAGUUUCAAAAAAAAGAAAAGCUACAGAAGUUACUGUACAAGAUGUUAGAAGAGUUUAUAAUUUAUUCAUUGAUGUUAAAAGAAGUACACAAUAUUUAAUUGAAUAUCAAAACGAAUUUAUGUUUUCUGAAUUGCCCAAAGAAGAUGAAUGUGUUAAAGAGGAAGUCUGUGAAGAAAAGAGGGAAAUUCAAGAAAAACAAUCAGUAAACUCUAAUAUAAGCAACUAA